GGUACAUUCAACUGCGUUGAGAUGAGGUCGCCACACCAGUAGAACAACUAGUGCUCUAAUGUUGCCGUGCAUCAAGCUGGCGGCCACACCACAUACUUCACACCUCCAGUGACACACACAUGUACGUCGCAACCGAGGACACCAUAGCACUGGUUGGUUGAAGGCACGCGAUAUUUGCAGAACAAGCGACGACAAACCACUCAGAGACGCACGAGACAGACAGACAGACAGACAGGCAGACAGACAGAGAGAUAGACACCUUUCACUGAUCCGAGAUAGAAACCUUUUGCUUAUCGCGAAAGCUGAACGUGCACGCGAUGAGCUAGGUGCAGACGGCAUGCAGGCAUGCGGAAGGAACAGCGGCCUGCCUGCCAAUCCAAUGCACCGACGGGUGAGUGAGUGAGUGGGACAAAAUAUGUACAGCCAGAGUAUACUGCACGCAUUCACAUACACCGACAGACGCCGACAGACGAGCAUGCAAAUCAAACGAUGGAUGGCAGGGCACCCACACACGCAUCAGGCCCGCUUCCCACGAAAUCCGUAUAUCAGCCUCGAUGUGAUCCAUUGUUCUCACAAGACGUGCUUGUGUCGCAUCAAAAAAUUCUGCAGUAUGCUCUUGCGAUCCCACAAACCAUGAAGACAAUUUCAGAGAGUCUUUGAUUGGGCCAGCUAGCUCCCUAACUAAAUCGCCGCAACACUCGACACCUCACUCACCGAAUGAGAUUGCUCGAGCGCAUGUCGGCCUCAUCGUUCUUAUUUGUGAUGGACAAGGCCAGGUAGGAGCCAUCAGACUGGGGGUCACCAUCCGCCUCUGACGACUUGAUAAGAGCGGCAUUCGACGGCCUGAAGUGGGCGUAGUUGACCUGCACAUCGGGCAUAUAAGUGCAAACAGACAAACAGACAGCCACAGAUGGCAUGCAGACAACAGUACUCUCAAUAGCACACAUACGGUGAAUGUGUGAAUGCCCAUCUCCCAGCGAGUCGUGUUGAGUGUGUCAAACUCGUCAAUCCACCUUAAGUCGAAAUCUAAUGGAUUGAGGGACACACACGACCGAACCAAAAACCAAACGGAUCAGCCAGACAGAGAAUGAAUGAGUGCUGCCUCUCUGACACCUGAGUGUGUACAUCUACGUGAAUGUCUGUGUGUACCCUUUGUGUCGUAGUUGUAAUCGUAGACUUUGACAAAAUCGAAAUAGAUGGUUUGCGGAAGCUCUGCCGGAUCAAAGCUGCCAGCCCAGUCCGGGUCGACCAGCUCAGGAUCAGUAGGCCAGACACUCAGGCGAAGAUUCAUGGGCUCCCAUAGUCGAUGGACUUGGCAGUCGCUGCCAGCGGCGUCUGCCGCCUCACAUGGGGCGUCCAUGCGGAGCCUCUCGCCAUCAAAGUACCAGGCAACAUAGUCAGGGGUCCACUCAAUGGCGUAGACGUGGAAGCCUUUCUUGACAGCGUUGGUCUGUGCGUCGAUGUCGUCUGGAAUGCCCGGCGCUGCAAAGAACUCUGGCGUCUCGACUCUCUUCUCAAAGUCGCCCGUGAGGAUAUUGGUCUGGAUGGGCUCGCGGCCGUGGCUGCCCAUGCCGUGGAUCUCAAUGUCAAUCUCCUCCCACGUUGCCCCAGGCAGCCUGGCGCUGUCAUUUUGGAAGAGAAAGAUUGCAGAAAGGAUGCCUGGACGACGACAGACACGACAAUAUCAGGCGCGACGAUAUGUAUGGGUGACCGGCUUGUCGGUAAAGCGUACCGUCUACCUCGACGCUGGGCUUCAGCCUCGCCUCAAACCGCCCGUAGGUGAAAUUCUCCGAGGAUGCCAACUAGGCAGAGAGAUACGGAGGGAGACUACAAAGGGAAGGCGAGACCGUUGCUUACCUCAGCGGCGUAGGCCUUCUUGCCGCACUCGCCAAAGCACCCGCCGCCCACACCAGGGCAAAAACACCUGUCCUUGUUCGCGUAGAUGCCCUCUUCAGUCCGAUGCAAAUCGUCGAAAUCUACGCCAGGUCCCUGGAAAGAAACAGCAAAUGAGGAAGGGAGGGAUGGGGAUCGAGAUGCGCACAAACCUGUCCUGCGAUGAGGGGAACCAGGCACACGACACAGACCAGCGCCACCACCUUCGUGUUUGGUUUGAAGCUGCGAUCAAGUCCGACGGUGGGGUGCAUGGCGCUGCUGUGGGAGGGAGGACCCUGAUGGAUGUGCUGCUCGGCGGGUGCCAAAAAAC